UUCACUGUCUAGUCACUUACCUGGGUUGGUGUGAAACCAGGAAGUCAUGGCUAAUAUUGGACGGUGAGCGGAUGCUUAAGGCUUAUGAAUACCACUUUGGACAGUGUUCCAUUGUCCUUUCUCUAGUAGAAAGUUUUUGAGUCUUCAGAUGUCUGGGAUUCAGCCUCAAGAACACAGUUUGACAUCCUGCGAACCUGCUGAAGACUAAAAAUGACCACACCUGUGCCAGCCCCCAAAUUGCUGAAAGAAUACCUGGAUGAUCUGACUGAAGAAAGGCUGAAGGAAUUUCAGUGGUACUUGGUCCAGAUUCAGACAGAUGGAUCCCGACCCAUCCCAAAGUCCAAGCUGGAGAAAGCAACCAGAGUGGAAACUGUGAAUAAACUGGUGGAGGCUUUUGGGGAAGAUGGUGCUGUGGAGUGGACAGUGGAUACUUUCUUGCGGAUGAAACUUAAUGACCUUGCCUCAAAGCUAGUUCAAGCCAAAAUGGACCAAAGCUUGGAACAGAGAGAAGAAGAGCCAGAGACCUCCUCUGCAAGAGAGAAACCAAGAGAAGAUCCCACCUUCCCCACAGAUCUCUCAUGUUCAACUUGCUUAAGUCUUUUCACUGAUCCUGUGGUGCUGCAAUGUGGCCACAGUUUCUGUCAGAGCUGCGUUCAUGAAUACUGGGAGAAGAAUAGCGUUAGGGAAUGCUCACUUUGUAAGCAGUUAAUACCUGAAGGUGACCCUCCGAUUAAUUUUAGUCUGAAGAGUUUGUGUGAAAAGUACGGAGGGAGAAGUCAAGGUGAGCCACCAGGAGGACACAGAAACCACACAGAGUCAUUUCAGACUCCACCCGAGAACAUCAGAGAGAAGCAGGAAGCUUUAAAAAAUGUCAAACAAUUGUGUGAUUCAUCAGUCGAGCACAUUAAGACUCAGAGCUUCAACACAGAGAAUAAGAUUAUGGAAAUCUUCAACAUGCUUCGUGCCUCCCUUGACGAAGAGGAAAACACCAGACAAGCUGCAUUAAUUAAAGAAGCAAGACUGAAGAUUCGAAUGAUGCAUUUGAUGCAUGAGAAGAUCAAAAACACACACUUGCUCUCUCACACUAUGGGAGAAAUUGAAAAUCUUGCAGCCGACAAAAGUAUCAAAUGGACGUCUGGGACUGCUGAAAUGCUAAGAAUGGAGACGGAUAUGUUGAAUGGACUGAUAAAUUCACAAGCACAGAUAAAUGUGUCCAAGCAUGUGGAAAACCUUCCGCUCACUGUCUUGGAGAAGAUGUGGAACAACAUAAAAAAGAUCUCUGUGGAUGUGGACCCCAAAACUGCAUCUUCAAGUCCCUCUCCCAAGGUGAAUUAUACAUGGCAGCUGUGUCCUGGAAACCUGUGUCUUAGAAUUGGGCUCACUACAGAUGAGGAUGAGGAUCAGUCACGUCGCUUCCACUAUGACAACAUGUUCACUAUAGAUGAGGAUGAUGAUCAGUCACGUCACUCUCACCAUGACUAUGUGUCAGCUGUAGAUGAGGAUGAGGAUCAGUCACGUCACUCUCACCAUGACUAUGUGUCAGCUGUAGAUGAGGAUCAGUCACGUCGCUCUCACUAUGACUAUUUGUCGGAUGAGGAUGAGGAUGAGGAUGAGGAUCAGUCACGUCACUCUCACUAUGACUAUGUGUCAGCUGUAGAUGAGGAUCAGUCACGUCACUCUCACUAUGACUAUGUGUCAGCUGUAGAUGAGGAUCAGUCACGUCGCUCUUACUAUGACUAUUUGUCGGAUGAGGAUGAGGAUGAGGAUGAGGAUCAGUCACGUCACUCUCACUAUGACUAUGUGUCAGCUGUAGAUGAGGAUGAGGAUCAGUCACGUCACUCUCACUAUGACUAUGUGUCAGCUGUAGAUGAGGAUCAGUCACGUCGCUCUUACUAUGACUAUUUGUCGGAUGAGGAUGAGGAUGAGGAUGAGGAUCAGUCACGUCACUCUCACUAUGACUAUGUGUCAGCUGUAGGUGAGGAUCAGUCACGUCACUCUCACUAUGACUAUGUGUCAGCUGUAGAUGAGGAUCAGUCACGUCGCUCUUACUAUGACUAUUUGUCGGAUGAGGAUGAGGAUGAGGAUGAGGAUCAGUCACGUCACUCUCACUAUGACUAUGUGUCAGCUGUAGAUGAGGAUGAGGAUCAGUCACGUCACUCUCACUAUGACUAUGUGUCAGCUGUAGAUGAGGAUCAGUCACGUCGCUCUUACUAUGACUAUUUGUCGGAUGAGGAUGAGGAUGAGGAUGAGGAUCAGUCACGUCACUCUCACUAUGACUAUGUGUCAGCUGUAGAUGAGGAUCAGUCACGUCGCUCUUACUAUGACUAUUUGUCGGAUGAGGAUGAGGAUGAGGAUGAGGAUGAGGAUCAGUCACGUCACUCUCACUAUGACUAUGUGUCAGCUGUAGAUGAGGAUCAGUCACGUCGCUCUCACUAUGACUAUGUGUCAGCUGUAGAUGAGGAUGAGGAUCAGUCACGUCACUCUCACUAUGACUAUGUGUCAGCUGUAGAUGAGGAUCAGUCACGUCGCUCUUACUAUGACUAUGUGUCAGCUGUAGAUGAGGAUCAGUCACGUCGCUCUUACUAUGACUAUGUGUCAGCUGUAGAUGAGGAUCAGUCACGUCGCUCUUACUAUGACUAUGUGUAGGAUGAGGAUGAGGAUCAGUCAUGUCGCUCUUACUAUGACUAUGUGUCAGCUGUAGAUGAGGAUCAGUCACGUCGCUCUUACUAUGACUAUGUGUCAGCUGUAGAUGAGGAUCAGUGAUGUUGCUCUCACUAUAACUAUUUGUCGGAUGAGGAUGAGUGGUUUUACAUUUGAGGUUAUAAUUGAGGACCCAGAUGUAGACAAUUAAACAGGAGGCAGGAUAGGGGGAAACAAAAGGUGAGCUUCAUUUUACAAAAAGCAAAAAAAACUGUCACGACUCCUGUUUGUGUUGUCCUUUGUGUCUGGUUUUUGGUUUCUUGUUUAUGAUUUACUUCAUUGUAUCAUGUCUUGUGUUA